AUGGUGGACAGCAAAGCGGAUGUGAAAGCCAUAAUGGCUCGAUUCAAUGCUGGAGGCAGCUCAGUAGAUGUUGGUUCUGGUGGCCGUCCAAAACCAGCUGUCCACCCCACUUUGUCUUCAGGACCCCCCAUUCAGGCAAAGAAGCCAGUUCUAGAGACCAGUCUCUCAGGUAGCGCAGCUACCAGCGUGACCACACCCAAAUCGCCCUUUAUGAAGAGUACUGUCUCCUCACCAGAAGUCAGAGAAUUCUCAAAGCCCAAAGCGAUCUUGAGCAAGUUUGAGAAUGCGCAGGAGGAUAGCAAACCCCCACUCAAUAAACAUUUACCCAUCAAACCAAAGCUUUCCGACGCAUCCAAGGACUCAGAAUCAAAAGGCCCGUUCCCAAAAACACCACUACAGAAACCUUCCCUCAGCUCAACUCUAUCAGACUCCAAAGCUAUACCUCCCAAGCCACCUUCUGUUGGGACCAAACCUCCCUGGGUCAAAGACACGCCCAAAUCAGAAGACAACGCGACUAGCUCAACACCAGCCCCCCCAAAAUUUCCAUGUCCUCCCAAACCCAAGAGUUCUCUAUCCAUAAUGAGGCACAAGCCUCCUGAGGAGAACAGCGCGGGAGACUCUGCUGUCAAACCGCCCUCAGGCUCCAAUCUGAAAUCCUCGGUCGUCCGCAACGCGCAGGCUGUCUUCAACAAAGAAAAGGGUGAAACACAAGAUGAUAACAGAGCAAAGGAAGGCAUUAAACCCCCAAGCUCUAAUGAUUCUUCAGCCCCGAAACCUCAAACACCCCAGAAACCAAAUUAUCUAAAAAAGAACGCUGGGUCCACAACACAGGCAAAUGAGGAUCCUUCUGCCCCAAAAAGAAACCAGUUACCUAAUAUUUUUGCCCUGGGUAGUCCCCCAGCUAAACCAAACAGACCUCCUAAAGUAGACCUAGAGAAGUUCAAAAAAGGACUCGAGUCAGGAGACGAUGGUCCUGUCAUUACGAAAGGCAACCCCUCUCUCCCACUUGCCUCACACCCCAGCAACGCAGCACCGGCACUACCCUCUCACCCUGGACCCCCCAACCUCCCCCCGAGUCUGCCCCCCCGGCAUCCAGGACCCAUGACGCAGUCGGACCCAAAUGAAAACUACGAUGAUGUUGGCAUCAUGAACAAAUCAACACCACUCCCAAUCGGAGGUCAUCCUAGCCAAAGACAUGAGGACAAUGAAAGUGAUGGGGAGAUGUAUGAAGAUCUAGAAGACAGAUGGUUGGCAGCAGAAUCAAAGGAACAAGACAAGAAACUGGACAAGGGAGACAAGAAACGACUUGAACAAGAAAAGAAAGACCAAAAAGAACGUGAGAGAAAAGAACAAGAGGCCAGGAAGAAAUUCAAGAUUUCUGGACCGAUACAGGUCAUCCAUAAGGUAAAAGCCAAGGUGGAUUGUAAAGGAGGCAAGAAUGACCUUAGUGCAAAACAGGGUGAAACCAUUGAAAUCCUGCGUAUCUCUGACAAUCCAGAAGGUCGCUGGCUAGGGAGAUCACCAGAUGGAUCUUAUGGUUAUGUAAAGACUGAUUCGGUGCAAAUUGACUUUGAAAAGUUGAAGAACCUCCCAGGCCAAAUGGAUGAUCUUGAUGUAUACGAUGAUGUGGCACCUCAGGAUGACUUUAAAAGGGGUCCAGCUGUUAUUCUACCUCCACCACUAGAGGGCGAUGGGGAUAUUUAUGACGAUCUGGAUGAUCCAAGCCUAAUGAUCAGCAGCUCGGAUUCCAAGCCUCUAUCCAAAUCUCGCGGCAUCCUUCGGAUACUUAAAGGCUGGGAUGACUGGAGAAAAAGCCCAGUGAAUGAAGUACCUCCUCCUCCUCAGUUUACUCCAGAAGGAAAUGCUGACAAAUCCGCAGCACUUAUUGAUGAGGAUAUUUAUGAUGAUGUUGAAUCUCAAGGCUUUCCCCCACCACCUCCUUUAAGCAGCCUCCCACAACUUAAAACAAAGCCAAAAGCUGAGGAUGCCAAAAAGCAGAAAAAAUUUGAGAAAGAGGAAAAGGAAUUUAGAAAGAAGUUUAAGUUUGAUGGAGACAUACAGGUCCUCUAUCAAGCGACAGUUGUCUCCACCUUAAACAAUAAAAAGUGGGGUCCUAAGGAACUGCCCCUGAAACCAGGGGAGAACUUGGAUGUCAUCAGUAAAGCAGAACCUAACAAACUCAUCUGCAGGAAUGAUGAGGGCAAGUUUGGAUAUGUCUCAGUUAACAACAUUCAAACAGAAGACGGCGAAAUCUAUGAUGACAUUGGUGAUGAUUGCAUCUAUGACAAUGACUGAGGAGUUGUAACCAGCAGUCUUCCAAUGUCACUGUAUUUCUUCUGGUUUGUUUGG